GGCACAAAUAUUGUCAACUUCCGAUCCCCCUCCGGUUUCUGUCCUUUCCAGAACCAGGCAAUGCCACACAAACUUUUAAGGAAAUUUAAAGAAAAAAACAGAACCCGGCCAUUAUUUCAUGUGUCAUGUAGUAGCAGUGCUAGUUAGACACCUUAGCUAUACAGAUCUCCCCUUAUCUACACAUUUGUAGCAACUCACACAUUUAACCUCUGCUUUGAGUUUCUAUAGAGAGAAACAAAGCUAGUUAGAGAGAGAGAGAGAGAGUGAGCAGCAAGAAUGGAGGGUAAGGAAGAGGAUGUUAAGGUUGGAGCCACCAAGUUCCCAGAGAAACAACCUUUGGGGACAUCAGCUCAGACACACAAGGACUACAAGGACCCGCCACCAGCUCCAUUGUUUGAACCUCAUGAGCUCAUCUCAUGGUCUUUCUAUAGAGCUGGGAUUGCUGAGUUUGUGGCCACAUUCUUGUUCCUCUACAUCAGUGUGUUGACUGUGAUGGGGGUCAAUAGGGAACCAACCAAGUGUACCUCUGUGGGUGUUCAGGGAAUUGCUUGGGCCUUUGGUGGUAUGAUCUUUGCACUGGUCUACUGUACUGCUGGUAUCUCAGGUGGACACAUUAACCCAGCUGUGACCUUUGGUCUGUUCCUAGCAAGGAAGCUCUCCCUCACCAGAGCUGUUUUCUACAUCAUCAUGCAGACCCUUGGAGCCAUUGCUGGUGCUGGAGUUGUGAAGGCCUUCCAGAAGACCCAGUAUGAGCUUUUGGGUGGUGGAGCCAACUAUGUGAACCAUGGCUACACCAAGGGUGAUGGCCUUGGGGCUGAGAUUGUUGGCACCUUUGUGCUUGUUUACACUGUCUUCUCUGCUACUGAUGCUAAGAGGAAUGCUAGAGACUCUCAUGUCCCUAUUUUGGCUCCUCUUCCAAUUGGGUUUGCUGUGUUCGUGGUUCACUUGGCCACCAUCCCCAUUACAGGAACUGGCAUCAACCCUGCCAGGAGUCUCGGAGCUGCCAUCAUCUACGACAAGGAGCAUGCUUGGGAUGACCAGUGGAUCUUCUGGGUUGGACCAUUCAUUGGUGCUGCACUUGCUGCUAUGUACCACCAGAUAGUCAUCAGGGCCAUUCCUUUCAAGUCCAGGGCCCAAUCUUCUUCUUCGUACUCACUCUAGCUAGCCCUACCUUUCAAGUCCCAUCUUUUAGUCUUUUUAGUUUUUAAAUUCGGUGCCUUCAUUUCUCCUCCCUUAACGUUGCAUUUGGUGUUAAUGCGAGAGAUUAUGUGUGUAAAUUAUGCAGUAAGCUUGAGACAUGUUUUGAGUUGA